CUGAGAGCGCUGAAUGUGCAAGUACGGACAAUUACUCAACUACCGGAGCAGUUUUUCCGCAUAUUGCGUAACACGCUCUCACUCGGUCCAUUCAGUGCUUUUUGUUUGUGUUACUAACGCAGUGAAUAGGAGCGCAUUCAUCGGCCUCAGCAGCAACUGCAGCGGGGGGAAGAGCUGGCAGGUUUCUAGCAGGACAGGUGGACAUAAGGUCGUAAAGCACCAACCCACAGUGAUGGACAUUUCUGUGGUUUUGGGCUGCUCUCUGGGUGCUGCCCUUGGGGGUAUGAUCUUUGCAGCUUAUAAACUGGGCUUGCUUUACCAACUAUUUCAUAAGACAGAGAGACAGAGCCCUCGACAUGGAGGAGAGAGCGUGGCGGAGGUUUUGCGUUCUCAUGGGGUCAAAUUUGUCUUUACAUUGGUGGGAGGACACAUCUCACCCAUCCUGGUGGCCUGUGAAAAACUAGGCAUCCGCAUCGUCGACACACGCCAUGAAGCCACAGCUGUGUUUGCUGCCGAUGCCGUAGCAAGACUUUCCGGUACAGUCGGUGUGGCUGCGGUGACAGCGGGGCCGGGACUGACAAAUACAGUGACUGCGGUGAAGAAUGCACAGAUGGCCGAAUCACCGCUGCUUCUGAUUGGCGGUGCUGCUGCUACUCUCCUACAGGGUAGAGGUGCACUGCAGGAUAUUGACCAAAUGUCCCUCUUCAAGCCCCUCUGUAAAUUCUGUGCAUCAGUGAGAACUGUGAGAGAAAUUGUUCCCACUGUCAGAAAAGCCUUGGCCAUCGCACAGUCUGGCACACCAGGCCCAGUGUUUAUAGAGUUUCCCAUAGACACACUGUACCCUUACCAUGUGGUGGAAAAAGAGUUUGCACCUAAAAACACUCCCAAAGGCCUGAUGGGGAAAAUCAUUGCAUGGUAUCUCCGGAAUCAUUUAUCAAACUUGUUUGCUGGAGCUUGGGAGACACGUGAUCUGUCCCCACUUCCUGUUCACAUCCCACACGCCACAGAUGAUGAGGUUCAAAGGUGUGUGGAAUUGGUGAGCAGAGCCAAGAAACCUGUCAUACUGUUAGGCAGUCAGGCAACUUUACCCCCUACACCAGCAGAUGAUAUCAGAAAGGCCUUAGAAUCUUUAGGCAUUCCCUGCUUCCUAGGUGGAAUGUCCCGGGGGAUGCUGGGAAAGAACAGUCCACUGCACAUUAGACAAAACAGGAGAGAUGCCCUAAAAGAUGCUGAUCUCGUGCUGCUGGCAGGUACGGUGUGUGAUUUCAGACUGAGUUAUGGAAGAGUGUUGAACAGACGGAGCAAAAUCAUUGCAGUCAACAGAGACAAGAGUCAGCUACUGAAGAACUCGGACAUGUUCUGGAAGCCAACAGUGGCCAUUCAAGGCGAUGCUGGUUCUUUCCUCCUUCGUCUCUCAAAAGCCCUGAAGGGACACCGAUGUCCAGAGGAAUGGCCUAGAAGUCUGAAAGAGGGAGAUUCUAUCAAAGAGAAAGCUAACAGAGCAAAAGCAGAUGAGAAGACAGAGAGGCAUUUAAACCCUCUGAGUGUUUUGCAUCGUGUGGAUGAGCUCUUGGCUGAGGACAGCAUCAUAGUGGCUGAUGGGGGUGAUUUUGUCGGCAGCGCUGCGUAUAUCAUGAGACCACGGGGCCCGCUCCGCUGGCUGGAUCCAGGGGCCUUUGGGACUCUGGGUGUUGGAGGAGGGUUUGCUUUGGGAGCGAAGCUUUGUCGACCUGAGUCUGAGGUAUGGAUCGUUUACGGUGAUGGUUCUCUCGGAUAUAGCGUUGCUGAGUAUGAUACCUUCACACGCCACAAGACCCCAGUGAUCUCUCUGGUGGGAAAUGAUGCGUGCUGGAGUCAGAUCUCCAGAGAACAAGUGCCUAUGCUCGGGAGCAACGUAGCCUGUGGUCUUGCCUUUACAGAUUAUCACAUUGUAGCCGAUGGUUACGGAGGCAAAGGUUACCUAAUUGGCCGAGAGGAUGAGUCGCAGCUUGAUGACAUAAUUAAAAAGGCGCAGAAGGAGUGCAGAGAGGGAAAGGCCGUUCUGCUGAACGUUCUGAUCGGAAAGACCAACUUUAGGGAAGGUUCAAUCUCAGUUUAGAGAGAAACACUGUGCACCAUCCUGCCUAGAUACCCAAAGUCUUUCUUGUGUUGUCAUGCUCACAAUACAAAUAUAACUGUACGACACACCCUUUACUAGGUUAUACGGAUUCAGCUGAUUUUUUUUAAAGAGAUCCAAGCAACAACAUAUCAGAUGUUCAAAAAUAUUUCUUCUGUUACGUUGUGACUAAUGCAGUGUUUAAUUCAGAGUUCUCAAGAACAUGUCUCGGUCAUAGAUCAUCCCAAAACCAAAAUAAGUCAAUUAUAUAAUGUUUAAAGGAAAUAAAGCUGGUUUAGGAUCAUUAAGAUUUUUUUUUUUCUAUUAUGAUAUUAUAUUUCCCCACAACUCUAAUUACAAUAAAGCAAAAAAGGGAGAAAAUAAUAUAUUAUUAUAUUAUUAUAUUAUUUAAAUUAUAUUUUAAUGCUGAUUUUAUAUAUAUAUAUAUAUAUAUAUAUAUAUAACCAGUUACUACAUGUUUUUUUGAACAGUAAGAUUUUUUAAGUUUUUUUUUAAAGAAGUCUCUUCUGCUUACCAAGCCUGCGUUUAUUUGAUCCAAAGUACAGCAAAAUCAGUAAAAUGUUAAAAUAUUUUAGAAGAACAGCAUUUAUUUGAAAUAGAAAUCUUUUCUAACAUUAUAAAUGUUUUUAUCAUCACUUUUGAUUAAUUUAAAUCAUCCUUACUAAAAAAAAAUAUAUAUACUGACUCCAGGCUUUUGAAUGGUAUAGUGUAUAAUGUUACAAACGCUUUUUAUUUCAGAUAAUGCUGAUAUGGGAUAUUUCUGUUCGUCAAAGAAUCCUAAUAAAAUUGUAUUCAGCUGUUUAUUAAUAAUAAUAAUAAUAAUAAUAAUAGUAAUAAUCAGAAAUGUUUUUAAACAGCAAAUCAGUAUAUUAGAAUGAUUUCUGAAGGAUCAUGUGACACUGAAGACUGGAGUAAUGAUGCUGAAAAUUCAGCUUUGAUCACAGAAAUAAAUUACAUUUUAAAAUAUAUUCAAAUAGAAAGCAAUUAUUUUAAAUAUAAUAAAAAAAAUAAAACAAUAUUACUGCUUUUGCUGUAUUUUGGAUUAAAUAAAUGCAGGCUUGGUGAGCAGAAGAGAUGUCUUUAAAAAAAACAUUAAAAAUCUUACUGUUUAAACUUUUAACUGGUAGUGUAUACAUCUUUUUCUUUCUUUUUUUUUUUUUUUUUUUUCCUGAAAUGUGAGCUUGGGCAUUUUUUGCAAGUACUUUUUCAUUGAGCUGAGAAACAGUAAGCACAGUGCCUUUACUCUGUACAGCAUUUUGUAAAACACUAUAAAAACAAGAAACCGUUUUAAGAUUAAUGUUGUGAUGCUUCAGUAAAUACUGAUUGAAAUACUGAUUAUUUUUGAAGCACGCAUUAAGAAUAUAUGACUUUAUCUACAUAAUUCAAUGGAAGGCUUGCUUGUUUUGUGUGAAGGCUUGCAGAAUUGAAUUUUCAGCGUCAUACAGUUGAGUUCCUGUAAUUACUGAAUGUUAAACUGAUCUUGUUCAGAAAAUCAGAAAUUGCUAGUAAUAAUUUUCAAAGAACAGCAUCUGCAGUUAUUGUGGACGUCUUAAUGAAUUAAUUGGAUCAAAUGGAUCUGUGUUUGCUUAUCUAUAAAUAUCAAUUUAAACCAAAGUAAUAUCCUAAUAUACUUGGAAAUGCAGUCCUGGUUUUCCUGCAGUAUCAGACCUGGAUAUACCAUAAUGCCUUGGUUUGGGAUUGAUCACUUCAGCAUCACCCACAAAAUGACCAUUUGGAAAUGGCUACGUAAUUUAUCAACAUUUGUUGAUGUAAUAAAAUCUCUAAAGAACA